AUUUGAUUCAGCAGCAGUGUGUUAUUAUGUGUUGUAGCAAUUGCUAGCAGACCUAUAAUUCGCCUUUCCCGCCUUUAAAGAAAUGGUUAUACAUUUUUAAAAGCCUAUCACUUAUUUUGGCGUGUCUUGUGGAUAUUAUCUGGAAUGUAUCGGCGCGGGGGAAGCAAAAAGGAGCAAAAUAAUGCGACGAAGGAGCAGAGCGACAGCAGCAAGUACGCGGAGCUGCUGGUGUUCGGCUACGCCUGUAAGCUGUUCCGGGACGAUGAGAGGGCCUUCUACCACGAUCAGGGCAAACACCUUAUCCCAUGGAUGGGGGACAAGAACAUCAUGAUCGAUAGGUAUGAUGGGCGUGGUCAUUUACAUGAUCUUUCGGAAUAUGACGCUGGCUCGUGGAAUCACGACUACCAGCUGUCCGAGGAGGAGGCCAGGAUAGAGGCUCUGUGCGAUGAGGAGAGGUAUCUGGCUAUGCACACCGAUCUACUAGAAGAAGAGGCCAGGCAAGAGGAAGAGUAUAAAAGACUGAGUGAAGCUUUAGCAGAUGAAGGCACCUACAAUGCCGUGGCCUUCCGUUACAGCGCAGACUACUACGAUCCCUCCCAGCCCACUGAAGAAGACGAGGCCAGCAAAGAAGCAGAUCAAGAGCAGCUGGAGGAAGAGAGUGAAGAGCCGUUUGUGGCUCCUCCUGGCCUUCUUAUCCCUCCGGAUGUUGAGCUGCCUGCGACCACCAAGACUCAUGCUAUUAUCGAGCGCACCGCCAACUUUGUAUGCAAGCAGGGGGCCCAAUUUGAGAUUGUGCUGAAGGCAAAGCAGGCUGGAAACUCCCAGUUUGAUUUCCUGCGGUUUGACCACUACCUGAACCCUUACUACAAGCACAUUCUACGAGCUAUGAAGGAAGGGAGAUACACGCCGGCUUCAGAGGGCAAGCAGGACCAGCAACAGGAAUCAAAGUCAGAUGAAUCAGAUGACGAUGAUGACGGGGAUGGAAACUACCUGCACCCGAGUCUGUUUGCACCCAAGAAGUGCUCUCGUCUGGAGGAAAUAAUAAAGCCUCUGCAGGUCAUUGAUCCAGAUCACCCGUUGGCAGCACUCGUUCGGAAAGCUCAACAGCAGAAUAAUGGCACUGCAGCGUUGGCAACUAACGCAGAGGAAGAGCAUCAGCCGUCAGCUGUGGCCACACAGGCUGAAUACACCUCUGACCCUAAUGUGGCCGCAAUGUACUACGGCUACUGUAUGCUGCCUGAUGGUACAUAUUGCCUUGCCCCUCCACCUCCUGGGAUUGAUGCCAGCCACUAUUACACUUCGCUUCCCACCGGCAUGAUGCCAGCUCCUCCUGCAUCUGGUCCACCUCCCCCUCCUGGCACUACACCUUUGGAUCCCGCUGUUGCAAUCCCAUCAGCCCCUGCUGUAGGUCCAGUCACGGUGUCAGCUCCAGCGUCUGCUCCACUCUCCCAUUCCGCUCCUUCUGCUCCUCCAACUUCCAGUUCCAGGCCUCCACAAACCACUGUUGUUCCUCCACCGGUUGCGGCCGCUGCUGCUCCUGUCGCUGCCAUCAUCCCUCCGCCUCCCGACAUCCAACCUGUCAUUGAUAAACUAGCCGAGUAUGUGGCCAGAAACGGGGUGAAAUUCGAGACCAGCGUUCGUGCCAAGAAUGACCCGCGGUUUGACUUCCUGCAGUCCUGGCACCAGUACAACUCCUAUUAUGAGUUCAAAAAACACUACUUCAUGCAGAAAGAAGGUCUGAGCGGGCAGGAGGGUUCUCUGCUUUACGGCAGUGGGGGGGACAGUGCAGAGAACUGCUCUACUGACAAGCAGCAGGAUGAGGGCAAGCUCAUUAAAGCGUCCUUUGCACCCAUCUGCUUUGCUAUUAAGUCAAAAGAAAAUGAUCUUCUGCCUUUGGAGAAGAACCGCGUGAGGCUGGACGAUGACUCUGAUGAGGAUGCAAUGAAAGGGGAUGUGCUGGAGGGAAUGGAGCUGGCCAUUGGAUUACUUGAGGCGCCAAGAGAGCUUGCUCAACCUCCACUGGCUGAGGAGAAGAAACCUGUCCUGUCACAGGAAGAGCUGGAGGCCAAACAAGCCAAACAGAAGCUGGAGGACCGGUUAGCAGCAGCAGCGAGGGAGAAACUGGCCCAGGCUUCCAAAGAGUCCAAAGAGAGGCAGCUUCAGGCUGAGCGCAAGAGGAAAGCUGCUCUCUUCCUGCAGACUCUGCGAGGGCCAGAGGCUGAGGUCAAGCGCACUGAGGAAACUACUGCAGCGCCUGAGCCAUUGGUGUCCAUCCUGCCUAUAAGCUGUCUUCAACACACGUCUCGUAUACCAGGCUUUGACUACCAGCCCCUGGAAAAUGCACUAACUAAGAGCUCAAACAACGCUGCUUCCCAUGUGAUCACCUCUACCUCCUCAUCUUCCUCUCGUGGGCCUGAAAGGGACAGAGACAGGGAUAGAGAUCGAGAUAGAGACCGGGAUAAACGGAAGAAAAAACACAAGAGAAGGUCCCGGACCAGGUCUCGAUCACGUUCCCGAUCCAAGUCCAAAACCAAGCACGCUUUGCCCAGUGCCUACCGCACCUUCAGGAGAUCCAGGUCUCAGUCCCGGUCCCCCAGUCGCAGAGACCGGCGGGCUCGUUCUCCAGACAGAAAGCGUGACGAGAGGGAGAAAGAAAGCUAUGGUCCCAGCAACUAUCGUCUUGGCAGCAACCCAACACUGGGCAGGCAGCGCUCAAGAUCAAGAUCACCUCAUGAAAAAAAGAAGAGAAAGAGUUCCAAGUCAUCUCAUUUUAAGGGUUCCUCCUGUUCACCCUCAGCGUCUCCGAGCAGAGGCAGAACCAUGAGCAGAGUCUCUGCAAGCCCCUCCCCUGCCACCAGCCCCACCUCCAGCUUGGGGAGAUCCAGGGAUGGCUCUCAGGAGAAAGAAAAGCAAGUGGCCUCCACUAUUGUCUCUUCAGUACAAAGCAAAAUAACUCAGGACCUCAUGGCGAAAGUACGAGCGAUGCUUGCAGCAUCCAAAGGCCUCCAGCCGAACCCCUCCUGAGAAAGUUAGACAACAUCCUGGCAGGAUCAGUCUCCAACAUCUCACAUGACAGAAACAACCUUCUGACAAACCUCUGGACUGCUGUUCUCCUGCCGAGCCACACAAUGCUGGAUGCUUUAAUCCCUUUACGUAUGCCUGUAUGGACCUCUGCAUUGGUUAGGUUUUUUUAUUUUGCCUCCAGAAUAGUAUUAGGCACAGAGAUCUCCUUUAUUUUGGAGGUACAGGUGGAAACCAAGCAGGUGUAGAAAGAAAUGAAGCCAGGAGCAGAUGGUGGAGCAUUGAUCCUGCUGUGUGCGACAACUAAAAAGAAGAGUUAAAGGUAUAAUUCCUCGGAUGCAACAAAAAAACAAAUUUAAAUUGUGUUCUGAUGACUGAGCUCUUUCCUUUGUAAUAUUGUGUCUUGCAGAGGGACACGGUUAUAUCCUUCCGUGAAGGAUAAUGCUGUUUAUUUUUUCGCAUCUAUCUCCUUUCCUCCCUCUCCGAGCUCUUUCAGAUAUGAAUUCGUAGUCUUUUUUUUGAAUAUGUGGCCUUCGGUUUUUCAUUUCCAAGUUUGUACGAGCUUAAUUUUGCAGCUACUUUGUAAAACCGUCAAUAAAGUUAUGAAUUAUCCAA